AUGUUCUCGACGCUACAGACCUCCAAUUGUACCUCGAUCGGACGGGUUGUUGUGGAAACGGUGAGUGGUUUCUAGGCAACCGCUUUUAAGACUUGUAUCUCGAGAACCAAUGAUUAUUUUGAAAAGUUGUCAACUGAAAAGUUAUUGAAAAUUUUGUGCUAAACAACUUUGUAGUUGAUCAUUUUAUUAUAAAUUCCGUCAUUCUUGAGUUAUCACUUCUUCGAGAAGGAGUGAUAACUUUUUAAUUGGCUCUCGAGAGCCAAGUAAAAAGUCUUGCCAAACUUUUUUUAAACUUUGUGCUGAACAAUUUUCUUGCUGACUAUUUUAUCUGAAAACGUUUCAUUUGCAAGUUAUACGUUGUUUUCUAAACACUACGAUUUUUCAGUGCGGCGUCGGUCAGUUCUGCUGCGUAGAAGGUUGUUGCACGGACUACACCUACUUUCUGCUUCUGCUGUAAGUCAAUCAUUUGAAGAACAAGUUUUCCAGUAUUUUGCAGGAUCGUGAUCUCGAUGAUCGUCAUAGUGGCCGUCUUUAUUCACGUGGAAGUGGUGAAGGAACGAAAGUUCAAUGAACAGUUGAAGCGUCAUUUGGAGUCGUGUGACAAAGGAGACUUGGCUCGCGAAAUAGGUGGGUUCAGGUCUUCUAGACUUUGUACAUGAUUAGCUCUUCCGCUUCAGAAGACACCCGCAUCUGUCUGGGCGCGUCUCCGAUCGACGGCUGUCCGUUCAACCUGCCGCCGAGUUGCAGUCCUCCGAUGAGUGUGCCAAAAUUGAAAUUGCACAAGAACCGGCCGAUUCGACACCUUCUCAACAAGCAUUUGUAA